AUGAGAUUAGGGUUUUGUAUCUCAAGCAGCAUAGAUGUCUCUGCUAUCAGAUUUCCUCAAGAUACAAAUUUUUCUUCAUCAGAGUUCUUUCAAAGAAUAAAGGCAUUAAGGCCUAACUCAGCCAGAGAAUCAAGAUUUCUCUUCAUUUUGUUUAAGCUUGGUAAUGAUUCUUCUAUGGAGCCCUGCAUUAGAAAAUUAGAAGAUAUAAAAAGAAAGAAGAAGAGGGAAAAGAAACCAAGUGACUUAAAUAGUGUAGAUUCUAGUGAGCAAAAUAUCAAUGAGCCAAAUGAUGCUGAAUUAAGUAGUUCCAAUGGGUUAGAUAAACUUCUUUCUAAAGAAGUCUUGUUACGUCUUAAAGAAUCUGGAUUUGGUCUUCAUAUGAAGUCAGUGGAUGAGCUUAUCAACCAGGCACACAAGUUUUAUGAUGAAGUUGCCUUGCCAAAGAUGGUUACAGAUUUUGCAUCACUUGAACUUUCUUCGGUGGAUGGUCGUACUUUAAAUGACUUCAUGCAUUUAAGGGGACUUGAUAUGGGAUCUUUGGGUGAAGUGGUUAAACUUUCAUAG